CAGACAAUUUUCAAAUUCUUGCUGAAGUUUAUAGCAUAAGCAUGUGCCAAGUUCAAAACAACUGGGAACUCUGAAAAAAAACGAGCUCCGAAGGGGAAAAAUCGAUUCAUCCAACUCUUUCCGACAUUUAGAUCACUAACGUCAUGAUUUGACCUCGCGUUUUUCCGAGUUCCCAGUUGUUUCCGAGUUAGCUGUUAAGGGUUCAUCGGGACGACUGGCUGAACCGAAUCCAUUCGUCAUCAAUUUGGGCACCGGGCGUGUCAGUAUAGCCUCUCCCGGAUCUGUGCGCUUAUACAAACAGGAAGCCAGCCUGUCUAGCGGCCAUGACAUAAGACAACCAAACAUUUUGUAUAACUAACUCUGGAACCAGACGAACCUGUCAUUUCAUUAAAUCAUUCAUCGGCCGAUCCUGUCAUUUUCCUGGACUGAGUGACACGCACACGUUGAGUCUCGACGAAGCGGCGGCUGAACUGGAAUGCACCGACGCUAGUUAACCGAAUAGCUCAUUCAAGACGGACCGGAGCUCGAACAACACAGGUCUAGGUCAGGAUGACAGAUGGUGACUAGAUCAGACACUAUGGAGAUCCCUAUCAACAGUAACGGAGACACAGGGACGCUGCCGGAGGACGACAGACUUGAACAGGACCUACACCAGGUGAUGGUGUCUGGACCCAACCUGAAUGAGACCAGUAUCGUAUCCGGGGGUUACGGGGGUACAGCCGAGGGAAUCAUUCCUACCAGCUCCAUUAAAGCCGUGUUCGAGUCCUUUCCAGCAGGUCUGCUGACAGCCAAUCACAUACAGCCAUACACAGGUUCCAGCAUGCAGAACAGUAGCAGCAGUGGCUCCACGACUGCAGAGGAGGCCUCUAGGGGAGUGGCUGUGGAGAAACUGGACUUAAUGAAGAAAUGGGGCCUCAACACCUACAAGUGCACUAAGCAGAUGAUCUCGGAGCGGUUUGGUCGUGGCUCUAAGACCGUGGACCUAGAACUGGAGGCCCAGAUAGAAGUUCUCCGGGACACCAAGAGGAAGUAUGAGAACGUGCUGCGAUUGGCUAGAGCCCUGACCAAUCACUUGUACAGCAUGGUGCAGACGCAACACGCCCUCGGGGACACCUUCACAGACCUCAGCCAGAAAUCACCUGAACUACGGGAUGAGUUUGGGUACAACGCAGAGACCCAGAAGUUGUUGUGUAAGAACGGAGAGACGCUCCUGGGAGCCAUCAACUUCUUUGUGUCCAGCAUCAAUACACUGGUUAACAAGACCAUGGAGGACACACUGAUGAGCAUCAAGAUGUACGAGGCUGCUAGGUUGGAGUUUGAUGCGUACAGGGCAGACCUAGAGGAGUUAAGUGUUGGUCCCAGGGAUGCGGUGACCAUGGCCCGUAUAGACACAGCCCAGGAGCAGUACCAGAUCCACAAGGACAAAUAUGAACGCCUUCGCUCUGAUGUCACUAUCAAACUCAACUUCCUGGAUGAAAACAAGGUAAAGGUGAUGCAUAAACAGCUCCUCCUUUUCCAUAAUGCCACCUCAAACUACUUUGCUGGGAACCAGCAGCAGUUGGAGCAGACCCUGAAGCAGUUUCACAUCAAGAUGAGGCCCCCAGGGGCCGACAAAACCCUCCUGGCUGGAGGAACCGUGAGGGACCGGGCAGACAGAACCUAGGAGAGGACUCCUGAAACGUUACUAUCCACUACAGAGGACCACAGACAGACGGACGGGCAGACAGAACCCAGGAGAGGACUCCUGAAACGUUACUAUCCACUACAGAGGACCACAGACAGACGGACGGGCAGACAGAACCCAGGAGA